CACCACUUUCUUCUUUUCUCUGCCGAUCCCAACAAGAGCACUCCCGCUUCAGUUACUUGAUAGUCAACUUUGUUAGCAAGAUAUCAGCAAAAUUACCAAAUCUUCCAUCUAAAGCACUAGCCAUGGACUCACUCGUCGUCAGAAGGCGCAUCAGUUCUCACAACUCCAUCUCACGCCGCGACUUCUCUAGAGGACGCGAAUCAAUUGGCAGCGGCGGUUGCGACAUCUCUAGCUCCGAGCUCAUACUAUCAUACAAGGCCCACAUCCAUGGUCUUGAAUCACUUCUCAAGCGCUUCGAAGAAGUUCUGCGCCGAGCAGAAACAGCCGAGUCGGAGCUCAUUAUCUCCACUAGGGAGUGCGAAAGCAAGACCAUUGAAAUCAGCACGCUCCAAGUAACAAUUUCCAAAAUCAAGAUCGAGCUUGAGAGGAGCAGAAAGGAACGAGAUGAAGUUCGCUCGCAUUUGGAACAAUCGGAGCGUGAGAAGAUCAGGAUUGUGGAGGAGCGUGACAGGGAGAGACAUGAGUUCGGAGAGCGGGAGAGCAAGGAUCGUCGAGAGAUUGAAAGAUUGAUCGAGGAGUUGAAGAAGGUUGAAAGUGAGAGAGAUCGUGUGAUCGUGGAGAAAGACAAAUUCCGCAGAGAGAAGGAGAGAUUUGAGGAGGAAAUCACCUCGGAGCGCAUUGAAUUCGAGGAGAAAGAGACUAGGAUCAGGAAUGAGGUUCGGAAGUGGAAGAAAGAGUUUGACAGUGUUCAAGAAGAGCUCAAGGAGACAUUCAUUGAAUUAGAGGAAAUUCGUUCAGAGAAGGAGAAGAUCGUGUUUGAGUUCGAGGAAGAGCGUCAAGAGUGGGUGGAGCGAGAGGUAAAGCUUGUUGAAGAGGUUCGCAUCUUGGAAGAGAAGUUUGAGAAGAUCGAAAAGGAGUGUGAGAUCAUCAGGAUCAGACUGGAAGAGACCACUCGGUUUCUGGAGAUUGAAAAGGAGAGAUGUGGUUCCUUCACUAGGAAUAUCAAAGAGCUGGAAGAGCAGAUUGAACUUCUGGAGAAGAGCUGGACGGAGACCAAAUUCAGAGAGCAGAAACAAAGGGAUGAGCUGGAGAUACUCCACAAGGAGCUGCGUAUUGCCAUCGACGAAAGAGAGAAAUUCACACUCAAGCUCUCCGACGCCCAAACCCGGAUCCGCUUCUUGGAGGAAGCGAAAAGAGAUGAUCGAUUCGAAGAUCACGAAAUCAACAAGGAAUUGAUCCGAGUCAAAGCUGAACUUGCCAGAGCCAACGAAUGCCUAGAGUCCUACUUGCCCCCACAUCAUUGCCGCGGCUCUAAAUUCAGCAUCGACAAAGUCUUUUAUUGCGGUAAGAUCGUGGAAGACCACAGAGUGUUGAAAGAGAUACUCGACACCGUUCAUUCUGGAAAGUCCUUCAGGCCAACUGACGAGACUUGUGGUGGUGAAGUAUUGGAUAGCCAGAAGACGUUUACGGUGGCAUACCAUGUAAAUGGAAAAGGUCCUGUGAAAUAUGUCACAGUGCCGGAAGGAGGUAGCGUCCGAUUCUGAUCCUUGGCUGACGCUAAUGCUCUCCUUUUGACUGUCGGGAUUCUUUGAGUAAAUAUUGAUGAAAGUGGCCACAGAAUGUUGAUAUUUUGCCACUGGUGCAAGAGGGUUUAGCGUGUUUCGAAUUUCUGGUUGACCGAAGCUUUUGGCGAUCUAUGCGUUUUGCUUUCUGCUACAAAACUAUUAGUAAUACUCUUUCUACAUUUUAAG